UCACUGCUUCAGUCCUCAACGCAGCUUGACAGAGUCGGGAGAGUGUGAAAAACGUCGUCUGCUUUGGAAUUGAUAGCACUGUUAGAAUUUAAAAAAUUUAUACUACUAUACAAUAUGCCGAACAUAAUCAAUGACAUCAAACUGGACUUUAAGGAUGUUUUGUUACGUCCAAAAAGAAGCACUCUCAAAAGCAGAUCGGACGUUGAUCUGUACAGAGAGAUGAAAUUCCGCAAUUCUAAACGCACGUAUAAGGGUAUUCCCGUGAUGGCAUCUAAUAUGGACACCAUUGGCACUUUUGAGAUGGCCAAAGCGCUGUCACAGCACGGAAUAUUUACAACAGUUCACAAAUACUACACAGCUGAGGAAUGGAAAGAUUUUGCAGCUCGUAAUCCAGGUUGUAUCAGCAAUAUCGCCGUUAGUUCAGGAACAGGACAAGAAGAUUUUGAGCGGCUCUCAAGUAUCAUAAAUUCCGUCCCAGAACUUUCUUUCAUUUGCUUAGAUGUUGCUAAUGGGUAUUCUCAGCACUUUGUUGAGUUCGUGAGGAAAGUCCGAUUCGCCUAUCCGAAUCACACAAUAAUUGCUGGCAAUGUUGUAACUGGAGAAAUGGUGGAAGAGUUAAUACUCUCGGGGGCUGACGUGAUCAAAGUGGGAAUUGGGCCAGGCUCUGUGUGCACAACACGUAUGAAAACCGGAGUUGGUUAUCCUCAAUUAAGUGCGGUUAUCGAGUGUGCAGAUGCAGCCCAUGGUUUGAACGGGCAUAUCAUUUCCGAUGGCGGAUGCACGUGUCCGGGAGAUUUGGCCAAAGCAUUCGGCGCUGGUGCUGAUUUUGUAAUGGCUGGGGGAAUGUUCGCAGGACAUGAUCAAUGCGGUGGAGAAACAAUAGAGAAGGACGGGAAACGUUUCAAGCUCUUCUACGGCAUGGCUUCCUCUACCGCGAUGCAAAAACACGCCGGUGGAGUCGCGGAGUAUAGAUCGUCGGAGGGUAAAACCGUCGAAAUUCCGUACAGAGGAGACGUAGAAAAGACCGUCUUGGACAUUUUGGGAGGACUACGUUCGGCAUGCACUUACACCGGAGCAGCUCGUCUGCAAGAACUUCCCCGAAGAGCAACGUUCAUACGUUGUACUCAGCAAUUGAACACCGUUUACGGUCCACCGAAUUGAAUUAUAGCAAAAAUUAAUACUAAAUUGUGAAAAAUACACACAUACAUAUAUAUAUAUAUGGCUGUGUGUACGUAUAUGUAUGUAUAUACAUAUAAUAUAUAUGAAUUAAUUAUUGUAUAGCAACAUUGUAGUCAAAAAUUGAAACUAUUUGCUGGCAAAUGAUAUAUUUGUAAUAUAAAGUUAAUAUAUACCGCGGCCUACUCGUUUCAUGCGUCCCUUGAUGCAGAGAGAGACCGAUUUUUAUUUAUUUACAAUCGAAUGCACAAUAAUAAGACUGCAUAAUUUUUAAUUUCAUUGCAAUAAUGCGAGUUUUCAAAAAUUAAACGCAAUCAUUCGCAUCCACGCAUCGCACAGCAGUAAUAUAUCGAUUAUCAAUUAAAAGUACGUACUUUUACUUUCGCCAAUAUCGCUAAUACAUAGUUUAUUUUUCUUUAUUAAAAUGUCUAAAUGUCACUUGGCAUCCAAUGAGUGAUAUUUGCUAUUCAUCGUAUCAAAUGAGUACCAUCUAAUGUCUAUAAAGCUACAAUAUUGUAAACAACAUAAUUCUCUUGAUAUGUUUGAAUAAAAUACGAAUCACUGUAA